AUGACCGACAUUGAAUCCGUCCAUUCCGCCUCACGGAUAGAUAGGAAGCUACCAAGGGUUGUCAUUAUAGCUACAGGAGGGACGCUUGCCAGUGUUGCCAAAUCGGCCGCUCAGACAACAAACUAUGGCGAUGCCAGCCUGGAGGCCGACGCUCUUCUAUCUGAGGUCCCUGCCAUCAACAAGCUUGCCACAGUCACCACGAUACAGUUUUGCAUGAUAGGAAGUGAGCAUAUGACUUCUGAAAUUCUGAUCAACCUCCGAAACGUGAUCGACGAUGUUUUCUCCGCCGAUGCGCCAGAUGGCCUCGUCAUCACCCACGGCUCAGACACUAUGGAAGAGACAGCGACCUUUCUCGACCUCACAUACAACGGCCAUGCACCAAUAGUUCUCGUCGCGGCUAUGCGGCCAGCCGCGGCGCUCAGCGCCGAUGGUCCUUUCAACCUAUAUCAAGCAGUCUCUCUGGCUGCGUCGCCCACGGCUUGCGGUCGAGGCGUGAUGAUGACAUGGUCCAAUCGCAUUGGUUCUGCAAUGUACACAACCAAAGUCAGCAGCCGAGCUGUGGACGCCUUCGAUGCUGGUGACAAAGGCCUGGUCGGGACUUUUGUCGACCACCGUCCUGUAUUCUACUAUCCGCCCAGUCGCUCCUCGGGACACCCAUACUUGGACGUCAGUGGCCGGGGUGUCGUCUUGCCAAAAGUCGCCAUCCUCUAUGGCCACCAGGAGAUGGAUGCUCACCUUCUACGUCUGGUGGUAGACCACGGCGCUGCGGGCAUCGUGGUGGCUUGUACUGGCGAUGGGACUCUGCCUUUGGAAUGGGCCGCGUCUGAACAGAAACUCCUGAGUGCGGGAAUCCCAGUGGUUCGUUCUUCACGUCUGGUCUCGACAUACAUAGCACCGCGUAAAGGAUGCAUCACUGCAGGAUGCUACAAUCCACAGAAGGCAAGGAUUUUGCUCAUGUUGGCUCUGUACGCCUACCAAGGGUCAAAUAUCUCCAAAAUACAAGAGCUCUUUGACCCGAUGGCACUGGAGAUCUAA